AUGGCGCACAACCAGGAGCUUCUAGCCAAGACCCCCAUCAUCAAGUUCAGGCAAGAGGACUUUUACUCCUUGCGGGAUUAUUGCCUAAACAGAGGCCUGCUGUUUGAGGAUGAGACAUUGCCUGCUGAGACUUAUUCCAUAGGUCUACAGCUGCUCAAGGGAAAAAACCUCUCCAGCCUAAGCUGGAUGCGGCCAAAGGAUUUAUUGAAGGGUAAAUCAGAGCCUCACUUCAUCCUGGAAGGUGUGAGCAGUUUCGACAUCCAACAGGGGGAGGCAGGAGAUUGCUGGUUCCUGGCAGCACUGGGCUCCUUGACACAGAACCCACAGCAUCUGCAGAAGAUCCUAAUGGACCAAAGCUUUUCAUACCAAUAUGCAGGGAUUUUCCAUUUUCCGUUCUGGCAGUGUGGCCAGUGGGUGGAAGUGGAGAUUGACGAUCACCUACCUGUCCUGAACAAUGAGUACUUCUUUGUUAAUCCUCGCGACAAACAAGAGUUUUGGCCGAGCCUGCUGGAGAAAGCCUACGCCAAGUUUCAUGGGUCCUGUGUCAACCUGCACUGUGGCUGCCUCCCUGAUGCCCUGGUGGACCUCACGGGAGGGGUGGUCACCAUCAUCAGCCUGCGUUCCUCCUCAUCUGACCUGAUGACAGUGGUGAAGAUGGUAGCCGAGGCAGGCUCCCUGAUGACCUGCAGCACCCUGGCCGGGCCGACAAGUGAGUCCACGAGGAUGGCAAACGGGCUGGUGAGUCGGCAUGCCUACACAGUGACUGGCGCUGAGCAGAUUCAGUACAGGAGCGGCUGGGAAUAUCUUAUCCGCCUGUGGAACCCCUGGGGCAAGAGCAGAUGGAGAGGGCACUGGAGUGACAGGUCUCUGGAGUGGCAGGAAACCCACGACCAACGGAAAAGCCAGUUGUAUGAAAAUAAGGAUGAUGGCGAGUUUUGGAUGUCAUGUCAAGAUUUCCGAGAUAACUUCUGCCUAUUUAUAUGUAACCAAGUUCCAAUCAGCCUGGACCAUGGAAACACAAUCCAUGAAAGAUGGCCCCAACUGAUGUUUAAGAGCCACUUAAUUCCAGGAAAUGCGGAAGGACCCCAGAGGGACAUGCAGUACAUCUUCUCUGUGCCAGAAAGCAUGGAAAACAACAAUGUCAUCAUGUCCUUCAAUUUUGUCAUGCCACAAAAUUUAAAGGCAAAAGACAGGACAUUUCCACCGAAGUCCGAGGUGUUCAAGAUCGACUAUCAGUUCCAGCAUUUCCGAGAGAGAUUGCCGUCCACCUUUUUUUCCAAAUUCAGAAUUGCUGAGAAGGGCAUCGUUUCUGAAACCACGUGCAACCUUACAGAGUGCUUCAGCCUGAGCCCUGGGACCUAUGUGGUGGUCGCCUCCGCAGGCAGAGAAGGAGUUGAGUUCUUGCUCCGAAUCUUCCUAAAGAUGCCAGACAGUGACAGGAACCUGGACGGUAAUCUCAACCUCAGACCACUGCAGGUAAGUUCGUCCAGAAAUGGCUCCCAACGAAGCAUUUUCUACAAAUACGCUCAGCAGGGGCUGGACAUUGAUGCUACCCAGGUUCAGAGCCUUCUCAACCAGGAAUUCCUAAAAGGACCUCCAGGGGACACAUUCUCUUUGGAUGAGUGCCAGAGCAUUGUGGCUCUGACGGAUCUGAAGGUGAACGGGCGGCUUGACCAAGAAGAGUUUUCAAGGCUGUGGAGCUGUCUUGUCCACUGCCAGAGUGUUUUCCAAAACUCCCGGAAGAACUCUGGAGUUUUCCCGAGCUCGGAUUUGUGGAAGGCCAUAAAGGACACAGACUUCCUUGCAGGGAUCUCUGUCACCAAUGAGCGGCUGGAUCUCAUGAGACUCCGCUAUAGCGACAGCACAGGCAGGGUCAGCUUCCCCAGCCUGGUCUGCAUCCUGAUGCGGCUUGAAGCCAUGACAAAAGCGUUCCAGAACCUCGCCAAGGACGGAAAAGGACUCUACCUGACAGAAAUGGAGUCUCACUGGCAGCAGGUCGGGGAGAAGCCUGGGUCUGUGCCUGGCGAUGCCUGGACAGGGCAGCUGGCUGACAGCCGAGAAGCUGGGGCCGCCACCCUCUACACCGCAUGA